UAUAAACGUAAUACGUACACCAUGAACGCAACAGAAAAGAAAUAUAACGUUGUAGGCCGUAAGAAUACUGUUAAUCGUGUAGUGAAAUUCAUGCUCAUCUCGCUUGGUGUCUGGCCGGAUGCGUCGUGCGUCACGUUCUGCAGAAUAUUUUGGAGCAUUACAAUAGCAAUCGUUCAAUUUUGGCAUUAUCGAUAUUUUCUAACACAUUACCACUCUAUCGACAUGUUUGACUUCACGGAAUGGUUUAGUAGCUUCCUAGGAUACUGGAAACUAUUCACUAAGUUCGUUUGCUUUUGGCUGAAUCAGCGAAUAUUCGGUAAAAUUUUGACGAUGAUGACGGAAGAUUGGAGCGACUGCUCUAACAACGAUAUCGAAAUGCGCGAGACAGCAGACAAAGCAAAGACAUCGGAUUAUGUCACUAAUGCCCUCAUCGCUUUUCACUCGUUCGCCCUGCUCUCAUACGGCACCAGUAUCAUCCUGGCUGAUGUCGAUGUGACCAAUCGCACAAUCGAGCUACCUCACCUUCACAAAAUGGAAGUUCCUUUCGACAUAAACACACAACGCACGUACAAAAUUGUAUUAAUUACGGAAGUAAUGUACAUGCUCGCGGCUGGCGUGGGAAUCAACAUACCAAACAUUUUGCUGUUAACUUUGGUUCUACAUACAGGUGGCCAAAUAAACAUUUUGCGUGGCUGGAUCACGAAACUUCAGCCUGAAACCAAUGAAAACAAACGCGAAUCCUUCGUUAUUGCAACGAAUAAAAUCAUUCGAAAGCAUCAGAAAAUUAUUUACUUCUCGGAAAAUGUUAAGAAUCUGUAUUCAAUCAUUGCACUGUUGCAAUUUGCAUCUAACACGGUGAUGAUUUGUUUAUUAGGAUUUCUGGUUGUAACAGCGCUCGGUAGUCCCGGAGCGACGGGGAAAAUAGUGAGAUCUCUUUCGUACUAUAGCGUAACAAAUAUCGAAGCGUUCAUAUUCUGUUAUGCCGGAGAAUAUUUGAUCAAUAAGAGCAGGGCAAUCGGACUCGCUGCAUAUAAUUGUCAGUGGUACGAUUUGGCACCUAAGCAAAGUCGUGUACUGUUAUUUAUACUACUAAGAUCACAAAAGCAACUGACACUAACAGUUGGAAAGAUGACAGAUCUCUCGUUGCGAUGCUUCGCAAGUAUCAUGAAUUCUGCGGCAUCAUACUUAUCAGUGCUGCUGGCGAUGCAAUAAACACCAAAAAAUUCAUCUCGUCGACUCUCAUCUGACGUAAAGUAUGUAAUGUGUAAACCACUAAUUAGACAAGCGCACAUUAUAAUGCAUCAUAUUUUUCCGAAUGCAUCCUUCGAGGUAAUAGAAAAAUGAUUCAAUAAGAUAGUGUACAAAGAAUAAUAUCAAAAUGUGGUCGAAAAACUAUAUCACGGUAAAAUAUCAGUAUAUCCCUCAUUUCUACAAAUCCUUCGGCGAUUUUCUCCUUCCUCCUCGACGCGACCCCUCGAUACUUCUUUAUUUUCCUCGGAUCAUUGCGCAUGAUUUUUCAACGGACUAUAAGUCCG